CCGGACCUGCCCAUCUGUAAUGAGCGACUAACGCAUUCUAACCGAAUCGUCCCGGGAGCAGCAGCACCGCCUGAGUUCUCGGUGCAUGAUCGGCUAUCCAGGACCGCGAUAAACCCCGGCCGGUACCAACAUCAGAGUUAGACCUGCGAUGAGCGAUUUAUUGGAAGAAAAACCGCAACUGAAAGGAAACCACGACUGAAGACGAGGGAACAGCAACAAGUGAACCAGCCCGAAGACUGAGAGCAUCAACUGGAGAGAACCCAUCUGACUCAGGGUUUCCAUUGAUUGGGUCAGCAGAAAGUCUGUUAGAUCUGCGCUGAGAGAUUUGUUGGAAGAAAAGCCCAGGACUGGAAGCAAAGAACAACUGAAGACGAGGGAGCAGCAACAUUUGAACGAGAUGAAAACUGAGGACACCUGCUGGAGAGAACCGUUCUGACUCAGAGUUUCCUUUCAUUCAGUCAGGAGAAAGUUUGAUAAUCACCGGCAGGUGGAGCAUUUCUGCACCGGGACCAAAGAGUAAGCAAAAAUCAACAACCAGGAAUCGUCAGUCGGAUUCAGAAUGGCUACAGGUGGGAAAUUAAAUCAGGUACGGAAAUUACUCAGGAGGUUUUCAGUAGGCAGCACAUCGAGUGAAAAUGAUCGGGACACCGGAAACAAUGCACCAAAGCAGGGUGAGACUGAGAGCAAUGUCCCAGUUGAAUGCAGUCCGGCUGCAGAGGAGGAGGAGCAAAUUCUGCCCACAGACAGUGACGUCAGAGACACUGAUCAGGACCCUGGAACCAGCACCAGUGAGGCGACUGUCUGUCAACUUGGAAGCUCAUCAAACAUAGAAUUGCCAAGUCUCAAACAAGGAGUGGAGCAUCAAAACCGGAUCACACCUGUCCUCAAAAUGGCACAAGGAGCAGGCAUCGGAAGAGUUCCAGUGCAGUCAACAUCGGGAAAGGUCACGGGUCCGAGCUCAGCAAUCACUGAGCUCCUGGCAAGCUGGAACGAUUUCCAGCUGCUGCAGCUGACGGACUUCUACCGGGACAGGCUGGAGCAGGCGAUGGAAGGAGGGGUGCACGGAGUGAGCCUGGCGUUAACGGCCGAGAAUCAGUUCAGUGUACAGGAACAUCGGAAAAUCUCUGAUCUCGCUGAUAGGGGAGAGCGGGCGGACAGUUCUAAACUCCUCCUGAGCCUGGUGAUGGAGAAAGGCUCCCGCGCCCGGAGGGUGAUGUGGGAAACCUUUGUCAAAAUGCGGAUUGGUGUCCCAAAGUUGGACAAAAUACUGAAAGAAAUACAGGAACAUGGUUGUGUUCCGGUCCAUCGACCCGUACCGGAGAUUCCCAGAGAACUGAAAGAUGUUCAACAGAAACACAAGGAGACUCUGCGGGCACAAACUGAAACACUGAGAGUGAACACGAUCCUGAUGAGGGAGAAGGAGAAGGUUUUCCAGCUGGUUGAUCGAUACGCUGAGCUCACGGUCAUUUCUACUGUUCGAGAUCGGACACUGGUGGAACAUGAGCUGCUGGCAAGAGGCAGAGAACAUGGCGAGUGGAGAGAAAAACAUCUUCGCAGAGAACUGGAAAAAAUCCAGACUGAUCAGCUGUUCCAGAGCAGCUUUUCCUGGAGUAAGUUCAAAUCUGGGAGUUCGGCAACAGUGGCCGGAGUCCCGGGGAUCGGGAAAACAACAAUGGUACAAAAGAUUAUUCAUGACUGGGCCAUGGGGAAAAUAUUCCAACAAUUCCAGUUUGUCUUCAGUUUCAAAUUCCGUGAUUUAAACUCCAUUAACAACAGAAUAAACCUGAGAGAACUGAUUCUGGAUCAUUAUCCUUACUUUGGGAAUAUGCUGAGAGUGGUCUGGAAGAACCCAGAGGGAUUGUUGUUUAUAUUCGAUGGUUUGGAUGAAUUCAAACACAGAAUCGAUUUUGCUGACAGUCGGAGAGAUACAGAACCAAAGCACCAGUGCCCAGAUCCCGAGUGGUGGUGUGAAGUGUCUGACAUUGUGUACAAUUUAAUCCAGGGCAAGCUGCUCCCAGGGUGUUCAGUGCUGGUCACCACCCGUCCCACUGCAUUACAUUUAUUAGAAAAGGCUGAGAUCAGUGUCUGGGCUGAAAUUCUGGGAUUUGUUGGUGAGGAACGGAAGGAAUAUUUCAUCAGGUAUUUUGAAGAUCAGACGGUGGCGGCAGCUGUUUUCAAACACGUGAAGGAGAACGAGAUCCUGUACACCAUGAGCUACAACCCCUCCUACUGCUGGAUCCUCGCUCUGGCACUGGGCCACUUCUUCACACAAAGAUUCAGGGACCCACAGCAAGUUCCCAAGACCAUCACCCAACUGUACUCCUACUAUAUUUACAACAUACUGAAAAACCACGGCCGUGAGAUUGAGAACCCCCGUGAUGUGUUACUCAGGGUUGGUCAGAUGGCCUUCAGAGGAGUGUCCGAGAGGAAGAUUGUGUUUACAGAUGGAGAUUUGAUCAACUACAAACUGCAGCCUUCCCAGUUCCUGUCCGGGUUCCUGAUGGAGCUUUUGGAGAGAGAGGAUUCUGCCCGGAGCGUGGUGUACACAUUCCCACACCUCACCAUCCAAGAGUUUGUAGCUGCAGUCGCACAAUUCCUGAUCCCAGAUGGAAGAGAUAUCAUGAAACUCCUCACUGAAGCCCACUGUGUGAAGGAUGGGCGAUUUGAGGUAUUUCUCCGUUUUGUUGCUGGUCUCUCCAACCCAAUGACAGCUCGGGGCCUGGAGGAGUUUCUGGGUCCAUUUCCUCAUGAAACAACCUGCCGGGUGAUUGACUGGGUGAAGGAGGAGGUUAAACGCCGAAGUGGAAACACAAGGAGUGAAGCUGGUAAAAGGAGCCUCCUGAACACAUUGCACUACCUGUUUGAGUCUCAGAAUCGUGGACUGGCUCAGGCCGCACUGGGAUCUGUGGAAAGGUUUUCACUCAGUGGAAUGACACUGACCCCGAUUGACUGCGCGGUCCUGUCUCAUGUCGUCGGACUCUGUGAUACAAUAAAACACCUCGACCUGGAGAGCUGCCACAUUCAAUGUGAAGGAAUCCAACGGCUGGGACCCGGGCUGCACAAGUGCCUGGUGUUGAGACUUGGGCGGAAUGAACUGGGAGAUUCAGGAGUGAAACUGGUGUCUGCGGCUCUGAGGAACCCGGAGUGUAAAAUACAGACACUGUGGUAAGUACCAGACUGUGGGAGAUUGUGUUUACAGUCACUGGGUGUCUGACACUGAGAAUGAAUGUGAUCAGCAGAAACAUAGAAAACAUACAGGACAAUACAGGCCCUUCGGCCCACAACGCUGUGCUGAACAUGUUUCUACCUUAGAAUUACCUCGGUUUUACCAUAGUGCUCUAUAUUUCUAAGCUCCAUGUAACCAUCCUAGAGUUUAAAGUUUUCGCCUCCAGCAGCCCAUUCUUAAAACUAUGCCCUCUCGUGCUAGCCAUUUCAACCCUGGGGAGAAGACUCUGACUAUCCACAUGAUCAAUGCCUCUCAUUAUCUUGUACACCUCUAUCAAAUCACCUCUCAUCCUCCGUCACUCCAAGAGAA